AUGUCAGACUCUUCUACUCCCCCAGGCUUGACGCCUGCGUCGGCCAGCCAAAGACGAGCCAAACCUGAGCGCAAACCUCCUACAUUACGGGAUUCACAUCUGGUCAAACUCUUUGCAGGAAAAUCGGAGAAGGCGAAGUCAUUCACCGUUCACAGGCACUUCGUCACAUACUACACCCCUGUCUUGAAAGCCGCUUUUGAAAGCAACUUCAUCGAGGGCCAAACCCAGGAGUACCGAUUUGACGACUUCUUCAACCAUAAUACUAUCAUGCUACUAGGAGAGUGGUUUUAUACACAAAACUUGAACCUCGACAAUAUUCAGGAGGAUGGGAAUUCAGUUGAAGAGGACUUGAUCCAGCACCAAACUCCAAAGGAAGAGAAGCUAGUUGAAGAGAACCCGGCCCAAGGCCAGGUUCCGAAGGAAGAGAAUUCAGCUGAAGAGAACGUGGUCCAGCACCAAGCUCCAAAGGAACAGAAGUUAGUUGAAGAGGGAUUGGUCCAGGACAAAGUUCCAAAGGAUGAACCUUCGGCUGCAGAUAAAGUGAUCAUGCACCAAAUUCAAAUCCUUGUUGAGCUAUGGGUUCUUGCUGAGCAUUUGUUGAUUCCAAAGUUGCAAAAUCAGGUUAUGAACCAGUUGCAAAAGGUCUGCUCAGAAACCCGCAUGAUGGCAAUCCACCAAUGCUGCUUUAUCUACGAGAACACAGCAGCCGGAAGUGUUCUGCGCAGAUGGAUCGUCUCUGACAUCGCUUUCCUUAUCGACGAAAGUGUCAUUAGAGACUAUUCCAAACAAUAUCCCCAUGAAAUGCUUGUUGAUGUGUUUAUUUUGCUAGCGUCAAGCUUUCCAGAGAGGGUGGAGCAGGGAGACGAACAAGAUAUGGAAGAAUUCAUAGUCCCUGAAGAUGAAGGAGAACAAAAAGAGAACAAAUGA